GGAGCACUGGCGGGGCGAACAUGGGUAACAGGGUCACCCGCGGGGACUUCGAGUGGGUUUACACGGAGCAGCCCCACACGCAGCGGCGGCGGGAGAUCCUAGCCAAAUAUCCAACAAUUAAAUCUCUAAUGGGACCAGAUCCCCACUUAAAAUGGAUUGUGUCUGGAAUGGUGUUGACACAGCUUCUAGCCUGCUACUUGGUGAAAGAUUUAUCUUGGAAAUGGAUUUUCUUCUGGGCUUAUGCUUUUGGGGGCUGCAUCAAUCACUCAAUGGCACUAGCGAUCCAUGAUAUUUCACACAAUGUUGCCUUUGGUAACAAGCAGGCUAAGUGGAAUAGAUGGUUUGCAGUGUUUGCCAACCUGCCAUUUGGACUUCCUUACUCCGCCUCCUUCAAGAAAUACCACAUUGACCAUCAUCGAUACCUUGGUGGAGAUACUUUGGAUGUGGAUGUUCCAACUGACUUUGAAGGCUGGUUCUUUUGCACUCCAUUUCGGAAAUUUAUUUGGCUCAUCCUCCAACCAUUCUUCUACGGCCUGAGACCUCUUUACGUGAACCCCAAAGCAGUUACUCAGAUGGAAAUAUUUAAUGCCCUGGUGCAAUUCUCUGUUGAUUUUAUAAUCUACUACCUAUGGGGCCUGAAGCCUGUUGUUUAUUUAAUAGCAGGCACAUUACUUUGCAUGGGUUUGCAUCCUAUUGCUGGGCACUUCAUAGCAGAACAUUACAUGUUCUUAAAAGGCUACGAAACCUAUUCUUAUUAUGGACCUCUCAACUGGAUCACCUUUAAUGCAGGCUACCACAUGGAGCACCAUGAUUUCCCCAGCAUUCCUGGAUGCAAGCUGCCAAUGGUGAAGAAGAUAGCAGCAGAAUAUUAUGACAACCUUCCUCAGCACCAAUCUUGGUGUCGAGUUCUCUGGGAUUUUGUUUUUGAUGACACCAUUGGUCCUUAUUCACGGAUUAAGAGAAUAUGCAAACUAGCAACAGAAAACCAAUAGAUUUGCUUUAGCAUCGUCAUUAAUAAUGUAAAAAAAAAAUCCAUUUUUUGUGGACUGAGUUUUCAGAGCUAAAAAUUAUCUGAAGUAAUAUUUCUAUGCACUUACCUUUUCUGUAGUACCAAAGGUGAUGAAAUAUUGAAGCAAACCACAGGCACUGUCUUUUAGAAUUCUGUAAAUUUUAUUAAAAGGAUUUUUGCUUAUGUAA